UUUGAUCGAAUUGUCAAAUUCCACUUUUCAGAAUUCUGUGCUGCUUGUUGACAAAAGAAAAUUUAAUACUGUAAAAAAUAAUACUUGUAAAAGAAUUUAAAUCCUAGUAGGCUUACCGUUUUCGAAUCAGUGGUCGCCAUGGAUACAAAUGCAACGCCUACCAAGCCUAGUGCUCAAAAAACUAAAGAAAAAACAAAUUUGUCUGCGCCAACAACAACAUCAAAUCCAAUUUCAACAACAGGGACGCCAUUGCAGAAUUUACCAAUUGAACUGCAGAAUGACCAAAAACGUAGAAGCUCGUCUCGUUCAAUUAAGCGCAAACGUUUUGACGACGAAAUUGUAGAAUACAGCAUUGGAUUUCCACAGUCGCGAGGUGAACCGAAAGUCGGACGACAGCGCACAACUUCCCAGACUUCUGCACAAACACAAUCUUUAUCAACAGCAGUUUUACCAGCACCUACGCCUGCUAGCAGCAGUCUUGAAGUUUCUACUUUUGUUAGAGAGACACCAACGUCGGCAUCUGCACCAAACACAAACAACGGAAAUAUUUCUUUAGCUGGAGCAUCUACUCCACUGCCACCAGUUCACCCGACAACUACAGUCAAACAAACAUCACCUUCAAUGGAACGUGCACUAGCUGCACAUGUCACGGACAAAAGACGUCCACCACGUUCCAAUAAUAAGAAAUCUAAGAAAACCGGUCGUCCUCCAAGUCAGAUUACUACGAAAGAUUUGGGACGUUGGAAACCAAUUGACGAUUUAGCGUUAAUUAUUGGCAUACAACAAACGAAUGACUUGCGUAUGGUACAUCGAGGCGUUAAAUUCUCGUGCAAGUUCACAUUACAGGAAUUACAAUCUCGUUGGUUUUCCUUGCUGUAUGAGCCUGCGAUUUCGCGUAUCGCAGUUGCUGCUAUGCGAAAUCUACAUCCCGAACUUGUGGAGUCAGUUCAAAGUAAAGCUCUUUUCAGUGUACAAGAAGAAGAGCUAUUAGGAACUAUAAAGAGUACUGAUAGUCCAAAACUGGAGCAGUUCCAGGAUUUACUUGAAAAGAAUGCCUCGCUUUUCUAUAGCGCACGGACAGCUAAAUCAUUACAGAAUCAUUGGCAAAUGAUGAAACAAUAUCAGUUACUCCCAGAUCAGGUGGUCAAGCCGUUACAUAUGAGCGAUCAACCACUAAGUUUCUCCGAUGCUGAGGAUCUUAUACUGGACGCGGAACUGAAUGAUCAACGUGAUGAAGCGCUAGAGAUUGAGUUAGCGUUGACAGACCGUCAAAAUAAACGUGAAAUUCGUCUGCUGGAAAAUGAAUUAAGCCGUUGGAAUGUUUUAGUGGACUCGGUCACAGGCGUGGCACCACCAGAGUUUGAUGGUCAAACGCUAGCAGUGCUUAGGGGUCGCUUGGUGCGUUAUUUAAUGCGGUCGAAAGAGAUCACUUUUGGUCGCUUUGUUGAGGAUUCGCACGUAGAUAUUGAUCUGUCUUUGGAGGGUCCCGCAUGUAAAAUCUCACGCCGUCAGGGCACAAUUAAACUGCGCAGCAAUGGUGAUUUUUUCAUUGCAAAUGAAGGUAAACGACCUAUUUUCAUUGAUGGUGUGCCCUUGUUGACUGGAAAUAAGACGCGACUCGCUAACAACUGUGUGGUCGAGAUAUGCAGCUUACGAUUCGUGUUUUUGGUGAACUAUGAGCUUAUUAAUGCUAUAAGGCAUGAAAGCGCGAAGACCACGGCCUCGCUGAACUAGUUUUUAGCACAUUUUUGAGCAGUUAUUCAUAAGAUUACUAUGUAAUUUUCCCUUUUGUGAAUUCUAAAUACACAACAAAUUUACUUAAAUAUA